AACAAUAUGCCUAAGCAGGUAGAAGUGCGAAUGCAUGAAAGCCACCUGAGCCCUGUGGAGCCAAGGCCCAAGAAUGUAUGCCUGCGGUUCUGCCAAUCACUCAGAAAAAACCUGCUCCUGUCUCUUACUGUAUUUGGUGUCAUCAUGGGUGCAUUGUGUGGGGGUCUUCUUCGCCUGGCAACUCCUAUUGAUCCUGACAUCAUCAUGUUAAUAGCCUUCCCAGGAGAUAUCCUUAUGAGGAUGUUAAAAAUGUUGAUCCUACCUUUAAUUAUAUCCAGUUUAAUCACAGGACUGUCAGGUUUGGAUGCUAAAGCUAGUGGCCGAUUGGGCACAAGAGCCAUGGUCUAUUACAUGUCCACUACUAUCAUUGCUGCUGUGCUAGGGGUGAUUCUGGUUUUAGCCAUUCACCCAGGAAAUCCAAAACUCAAGAAGCAGCUGGGAGAAGGAAAGAAAAAUGAUGAAGUAUCCAGUUUGGAUGCUUUCUUGGAUCUCAUCCGGAACCUGUUCCCUGAAAAUCUAGUCCAAGCAUGCUUCCAGCAGAUCCAAACUGUCACUAAGAAAGUGCUGGUGCCCCCACAAACUGAAGAAGCACCUAACGUCACUGACUCUGUCUUUGCUCUGAUGAACGAGACGAUGACCGAAGCACCACCAGAAGCCCAGCUGGUCAUUAAAAAGGGGCUGGAGUUUAAAGAUGGAAUGAAUGUCUUAGGCCUGAUAGGGUUCUUCAUUGCUUUUGGUGUUGCUAUGGGGAAGAUGGGAGAGCAGGCCAAAGUGAUGGUGGAUUUCUUCAGCAUCCUGAAUGAGAUUGUAAUGAAACUAGUGACUAUGAUCAUGUGGUACUCUCCUUUUGGCAUUGCCUGUCUUAUUUGCGGGAAAAUCAUUGCAAUUAAGGACUUAGAAGUGGUUGCUAGGCAACUUGGAAUGUACAUGGUAACGGUGAUCGUGGGCCUUCUCAUCCACGGUGGGAUCUUCUUGCCUUCACUGUACUUUGUGAUAACAAGGAAAAGCCCCUUCACAUUCCUUGCUGGCAUUUUCCAGGCAUGGAUCACAGCUCUAGGCACAGCUUCCAGUGCUGGUACAUUACCUGUCACUUUCCGUUGUCUUGAAGAAAACUUGGGCAUUGAUAAGCGUGUAACAAGAUUUGUCCUGCCUGUUGGAGCAACAAUAAACAUGGAUGGGACGGCCCUUUAUGAAGCAGUUGCUGCCAUCUUCAUAGCACAGAUGAAUGGAAUUGUGUUGGAUGGUGGGCAGAUAGUCACUGUGAGUCUGACAGCCACCUUAGCAAGUGUUGGAGCUGCCAGUAUACCCAGUGCAGGACUGGUCACCAUGCUUCUCAUCCUCACCGCGGUGGGUCUCCCUACUCAGGACAUCAGUCUGCUUGUUGCUGUUGACUGGCUCUUAGACCGGAUGAGAACAUCAGUAAAUGUUGUAGGAGAUUCUUUUGGUGCUGGCAUUGUGUAUCACCUCUCCAAGGCAGAGCUGGAAAACCUGGAUUCCCAGCAUAAGGGGCAUGAAGACAUUGAAAUGACCAAGACUCAGUCAAUUUAUGACGACAUGAAAAAUCAUAGGGAAAACAACUCAAACCAAUGUGUUUAUGCAGCUCACAACUCUGUCACAGUAGAUGAAUGCAAGGUGACACUGGCAACCAAUGGCAAAUCUGCAGACUUCACUGUUGUUGAGGAAGAGCCUUGGAAACGUGAAAAUUAAGGAAAGCGAGUCCCAUCUCCAUCUUUAAUAAGCCCCUGAAGCUAU